AUGAAUAGGAAUAGGUUGUUCAAUAAGUGGUUGCAUAUAGUUGAAGGGGGCUUGUAUGAAGAAGAAAAGGCGUUCCUCGGAGCUGUUGAGUCAGAUGUGGCAUUAGACUGUUUUCAAAUAGGAUCCUCUCCACCGUAUUCCGCCAAAACCAUUUACUGCCCCUGCCACUCGAUGCUGGCGGGAGAAGCCACCAGGAAGUUAAUAAGAUCUGAUUUUUUGCAUCCUUUGAUCCUGGAGGAACUUGUGCUGAAAAGUGAGUUCGUCAAAGAGCUCUGGCGAGGCAUUAGAGCUGUGAAGGGAAAGAAGGUGAAGAAGAGGAAGAAACGGGAAACUAGCCUGCCAGCUUUGGAACCCCCAGAAUUUUCCUUGUGUUGGGGUUGGAGUUUUGAGGUUGUGAUUGAUCAAGUUAACUCCACUGACGAAGAUAAGCUUGUGAGUUUCAUUGGAUCUGGUGGGUGUCAAACACACUUUAAGAAGAAGCUAGUAGCAAGGGAGUUAGCAUUGUUUAAUCCCGAAAAAUUCAAUGAACCUAAGACUACUUCAUGA